AUGUCAAAGGAUUUUCCGAUUGUCCUGGUAAAGAACUUGCCAUACACCACGACAGGCGAUGAUUUGUACGAGGUUUUUGGGAAAUACGGGAAUAUCAUGCAAGUUCGACUUGGAAACCAGGCUGACACUAGAGGUUCAGGAUUGAUAGUUUUUAAGAACUUAAAGUCAGCACAGACUUGUGUCGACAAGGCGAACGGUUACAACUUUAAUGGAAGAUACCUGGUUGUGCUUCAUUACAUGGUAGAUCUUUCAAAGAUUCAAGACGAAAUGUUGGAAGUAAGACGGAAAGAAGUUGCAAAGAUAGAUGCUCAGCAAAGAUCUCUGACUGACAAAGAAACACAAUGA